UGAUCCCUGUAUGCCGAAUCCGUGUCUGAAUGACGGUAUUUGUCGAACACACAUGAACAGCACUUACAUAUGCUAUUGUCCACCAGGGUUCUGUGGCCAUAAUUGUGAUGACAGUCAACCAGAUGAUCCAUGUGAUAAUGAGCCAUGUCAUAAUGAUGGAAUAGGUUAUUCAAAUGAAGAGGAUUUGAUCUGCAUCUGUCCUGAAGGUUUCUAUGGAGACUUGUGUGAGUGGACAUCCUUAGUGUCUACUGAGGAACCCUCACUCCUGACAACACCGCCAAGAGCCCUGACUACCGUUGCAAGAAUGCUGAUGACAACAACAAACAUAUUUACCACUGAUGAACCAAUUGCUGAUAAUAGAUCUAACCCAGAUGGUACUACUGCUGCCCACCCAUCGACAGCAAAUGCAAUACCUACCACUAGUGCUUCUUUAUGUGACCCCAACCCUUGCAUGAAUGGUGGCAGGUGUCUUGAUGAUCAUUAUGACUUUUUCUGCUCCUGCGGGUUUAGUUAUCAAGGUCAAUACUGUGAAACACCGGUCUCUAUUACAUUCCCUUUCAGACGCCGGAGGGAAGCUGAACCCACUGAGAAAAGCAUGACAUCAGAUACCACAUUUUAUGAAUCGGCAACAGAGAAUUAUCGUGUAUCAACAAUUGAGUUGAGUCAUAGCAGGACCUUGCCAAUGACCACAUUCAUCGUGCAAUCUGCUGGUGAUGACACCACUGAAUCAAGUGACCUCACAGCUUCUGACAGAGGUAUGGUAGAGGAACUGACUGAAAAGGCCACUGAAGAUUAUGUUACUGAAAUUGUCACAGAGAAGCAGAUUGAGUGGGCCUCCCGAUAUUAUGCUACUGAACUUGUUACAGAGGGACUGACUGAAGAGAUCACUGAUGAUUAUGCUACUGAAGGUGUCACAGAGGAGCAGAAUGAAUGGACAGUUAGAGAUUAUGCUACUGAGCUUGUUACAGAGGAACUGACUGAGGAGAUCACUCAAGAUUAUGCUACUGAAGAUGUCACAGAAGAACAAACUGAUGAGAUCACUAAAGAUUAUGCUACUGAUGUUUUCACAGAGGAACAGACUGAAUUAGCAUCUGGAGAUUAUGCCACUGAAUUCAUCAUACAGGAACAGACUAAUGAGGUCACAGGAGAUUAUGCUACUGAAGUUUUCACAGAGGAACAGACUGAAUGGGCCUCUGGAGAUUAUUCUACUGAAGGUGUUACAGAGGAACAGACUGAAUGGGCCUCUGGAGAUUAUGUUACUGAAGUUUUCAUAGAGGAACAGACUGAAUGGGCCUCUGGAGAUUAUGCUACUGAAGGUUUUACAGAGGAACAGACUGACUGGGCCUCUGGAGAUUAUGUUACUAAAGGUGUUACAGAGGAACAGACUGAAUGGGCAUCUGGAGAUUAUUCUACUGAAGGUGUUACAGAGGAACAGACUGAAUGGGCGUCUGGAGAUUAUGUUACUGAAUUCAUCUUACAGGAACAGACUGGUGAGGUCACUGGACAUUAUGCUACUGACGUUUUUACAGAGGAACAGACUGAAUGGGCCUCUGGAGAUUAUGUUACUGAAGUUUUCACAGAGGAACAGACUGAAUGGGCCUCUGGAGAUUAUGUUACUGAUGUUUUCACAGAGGAACAGACUGAAUGGGCCUCUGGAGAUCAUGCUACUGAAGGAGUUACAGAGGAACAGACUGAAUGGGCCUCUGGAGAUUAUGCUACUGAAGGUGUUACAGAGGAACAGACUGAAUGGGCCUCUGGAGAUUAUGCUACUGAAGGUGUUACAGAAGAACAGACUGAAUGGGCCUCUGGAGAUUAUGUUACUGAUGUUUUCACAAAGGAACAGACUGAAUGGGCCUCUGGAGAUUAUGCUACUAAAGGAGUUACAGAGACAGAGGAACAGACUGAAUGGGCCUCUGGAGAUUAUUCUACUGAAGGUGUUACAGAGGAACAGACUGAAUGGGCCUCUGGAGAUUAUGCUACUGAAGGUGUUACAGAGGAACAGACAGAAUGGGCCUCUGGAGAUUAUGCUACUAAGGGAGUUACAGAGGAACAGACUGAAUGGGCCUCUGGAGAUUAUGCAACUGAAGUUUUCACAGAAUGGUUCUCUGGAGAUUAUGCAACUGAAGGUGUCACAGAGGAACAGACAGAAUGGGCCUCUGGAGAUUAUGCUACUGAAGGUGCUACAGAAAAACAGACUGAUGAGAUUACUGUAGAUUAUGUUACUAGAGAUUUUACAGAAGAACCAACUGAAUGGUCCUCUGGAGAUUAUGCCACUAAAGGAAGACCAACAGAAAGUAUCACAGAAUAUGCUACUGCUGAAGAUGAAACACAGAGCUUUACUGAAGUACUGGAAUUCACAUCAAUCCCUAUAGAAUCAACCACGACCAUUUGGUUCAAAAGACCAGAUUGGAAUAGCAGCAUACCUUAUUGUGUUGACAAGCAGGCACCAGUACUUCAGUGCCAUGAUAUCAUUGUCAUUGAGUCCCCAGUAGUGGAUGCAAAUUUCAUCCCAAUCAUCACCAUUCCAAUCCAUUGGCCACUGGUACCAGUCUCUGACAAUGACGCUGUUCGCUCCAUCACCUAUGAACCUGCCAAUGGAACAGAGGUCAGACUAGGGUCCUACCAGACUGUUUCAGUUACAGCUGUAGACUUUGCAAACAACACUGCAAAAUGCGAGUUUGUUGUAUUUGUUAAUGUCUCUGUGCACUGUGCUGAGUGGAGUUUAGGGGAUCCAGUGAAUGGUGUCAAGAGUUGUGCACCUUUUGCAAUUGGCCCACUGGGGGCAGGCUUUGGAUGUGACAUUGCUUGUUUGGAACAUGAUUAUGAAUUUGUGUAUGACCCUCCAUCAUCGUUUAUUCAAUACUUUUGUCAAGAAGGAGAUGGAUGGACACCAGACAAUCUUACCCCGGGAUGCUCAAUUGAGGAGCCUCCUAUUCAAGAGGACAUUAUAAGAGCAAACUACACCACCAAUGGCACGGCGGACGAUGGCUGCUUGUCUCAUUAUGUAGCUGAGCUCCACUUGUCUGUGCAGGUGUCUCUUGAAGCUGGGUUCUCCAGUUCAGAGGUGUGCUUACGGAUUGCUGCCAAUGUCUCUGUCGGUGUCUCGGUGACAAUUUCUCUCUCCAGGUAUCAAUACCAUCAGGUUGGGAACAGCUCAGUAAUUGGGGACUUUACAAGUGCCAGAGCUGUAGUAGGCCUGAGGUACAAGGGCUCAAAUAUCAGGGUGGUUACAUCUGAGGAUAUUACACAGUGUCGCCAAGACGUGCUAGACUACUACCUAGCAACAAAUUUUGAGGCAUGGUCAAGCAUCGAUGUCAACCACAGGUCACAGUGUCUCAACUUGACCCUUGAUGCGCCACCGGAACUAGAUGACACAAUCCUUGAAUGCGACCCAGGAUACGCAUACAGAAAUGAUUUCUGCCUACAAUGUACACCUGGUACCUAUGAGGUAAAUAGGACCUGUUCCAAUUGCGCAAUUGGAACAUAUCAAGAUAGAUAUGGUCAAACUACCUGCAAGUCUUGUCCGGUUGGCCACACCACACUGCAAAAACAGCGCAAGAGCAAAGAUGAAUGUAUUCCUCAAUGCAGCCCAGGUUAUUAUUCACACGAUGGCUACCAACCAUGUUCUGCCUGCCCGCAAGGCUACUAUGCUGAGGACUAUGGCAACACUGAGUGUACCCUCUGCCCAGAAGGAGCCAGCUCUGUCCCACCAGCAACUGGUCCUAGCUCAUGCCAAGUGCCCUGUGAAGCUGGCUACUAUUCUGCGACUGGUUACAAGCCGUGCACAGCGUGUCCUGUCCAUUACUACCAGCAGUCAAUGGGGUCAUCAAAUUGCACCGAGUGUGUUCAUGCUCUUGCAACGGUCGCUGUCGGAUCCACCAGCAUCGCCGAAUGCUAUGACCCUUGUGAUGGUGUGACUUGCCUCAAUGGUGGUAAUUGUGAGGUGAACGACCAUGUAGCAUAUUGCCAAUGUAGAGAUAGUUAUCGGGGUUCAUCUUGUGAAAUCCCGUACAAGUGUGCCAGCAGUCCUUGCAUGAAUGGAGCAACCUGUUUGAACCUGGACAAUUCCUACUUAUGUGAAUGUUUACCUGGUUACUAUGGUGACAACUGUGAGCAUGAAACAGAUGAAUGUACAUCACAGCCUUGUCUGCACGGGGGCACAUGUGUUGACCAAGGGGCCAAUUACACCUGUGAAUGUCCACCUGGUUAUACAGGUGGGAAAUGUGAGGUUAAUGCGGAUGAGUGUGCAUCUUCUCCAUGCUCUAACGGUUUUUGCUACGAUAGGCUCAAUGGGUACGAGUGUGUCUGCUCAGUUGGUUUUACUGGAGUUAACUGCGAAACUAAAAUUGAUGAAUGUGCAUCGUCUCCUUGCCUUAAUAACGCCACCUGUACUGACCUUAUCAGCGCUUACUCCUGCAUCUGCCUCGAUGGCUAUGAGGGCUCUCGCUGCCAGCAUGAUAUCGAUGACUGCCUAGGUGUCAGUUGUGAUAACAGGGGCAUGUGUAUUGACCAAUUAGAUUCUUUUGUAUGCGAUUGCAUCUUUGGAUGGACAGGUGAGUUUUGUGAGAUUCCAGAUGGUCCGUGUUUGUUAGAUCCGUGUGAAAAUGCUGGCAACUGCUCACUGUUGGUAGAGCUGGAAGAUUAUGAGUGCUCGUGUUAUCCAGGUUUUACUGGUAGAAAUUGUGAGAUUGAUGUAGAUGAAUGUUUGUUAUUCCCUUGUCAAAAUAAUGGAACAUGCUUGGACCUCGUCAAUAGUCGUUUGUGUACAUGUCUUGCUGGGUUCUACGGUGGAAGUUGUGAAGAAAUGAUUGACCUUUGUCUUUUGGAACCAUGCCAAAACGAUGGAAAUUGCACAACGCUUGUUAAUACAUACAGAUGCUCGUGCCCUUCGGGAUGGAGUGGUAUCAACUGUACCGAGGAUGUAGACGACUGUGUUGGUGAACCUUGUCUAAAUGAUGCUCUAUGCAUUGAUGGCUUCAAUAGUUUUACUUGUCUCUGUAGUAUUGGUUGGAAGGGAACACAGUGUGAUAUUGAUGUCGACGAAUGUUUGGAAUCCCCUUGUCAAAAUGGGGCAACCUGUUACAACUUCCCAGGCACUUAUAACUGUACUUGCCCGCAGGGCUACUCGGGACUGCACUGCGACGUAAACUUAGAUGAAUGUGAAGGAGUGGAUUGUCAAAACGGUGGCACAUGCCUAGAUGGCAUCGCAGAAUUCACAUGCCAAUGUGAUAUUCUUUAUGAAGGCUACUACUGCGAAAAAGCCAAGUCUCCCAAUUUUGACUUAAGUUUUGGUGGUGACUCAUCAGUUUCGUAUUCACCAACGGUAAGCUUCGGCAUCUCCUCCUUCACAUUGGAAUUCUGGGUAAGAUUUGCAGAGCCUGGAAGUGAGGGAGCUGUAAUGCGUUUCUUAGGAUAUGAUGGGAAUGUUUAUGUGUUGAUUCUUGAUGUAAAUGAGGUUUUCAACGAUAUCAACAUUAAUGACGGCUAUUGGCAUUAUAUAACCUGCACUUGGUCCAGUUUGUCUCAGCUUAUAAUGUACUUAGAUGGAGAAGUUGUUGGUACUGUCCCAAACUUUGGCUCCAGUGUAACACUUGUGCCAUUCGUGAGGAUUGUCCUCGGUCAGGAUUUUUCCACCAAUGGCGAGAUAAUUUCAGGAGCAGAUUUUGUCGGUGAAGUUAGUCGUCUCAACCUAUUUAGUAAUGUUCUAAGCGCUGAAGAGGUUGCAGCUCGAUCAGCAAACUGCUCUGCUGCCCAAGAUCAGGGAAAUCUUAUUCAGUGGGUUACUAUGGCUGUGGACAUAAAUGGUGAUGUGUCAAAGAUUGUGCCCUCAGUUUGUGGUGGGUCAUCUUGUCCUGAAGGAUAUCAAGGAACGCUCUGUAAUAUACUCAUUGACAAGAUACCACCAGUAAUCACAUACGAAACGGGAGACACGCGCAUUGUGAAUCAAGAAAGUCGCUUAUCUGUUGGCGAAUGGAUUGAACCAAUUUUCACAGAUAACAUUGGGAUUGUAAAUAUCACACAAUCACAUCGAGUUGGACAGGUGUUUGCUUGGGGGGAGUAUCUUAUUGUGUAUGUGGCGUACGAUGCUGCACUCAACUCCGCCACUUAUCAAUUCAAACUCUAUGUUCUACCUUUUAAUUGUAUGAAACCUGCCCCGCCUGUGAAGGGUUUAAGUGCCUGUGGAAAUUGGCAGUGGGGUGUAUUCUGUAGUAUUGCAUGCAACCCUGGCUUUGAGUUCACAUCUUUACCAAACCCCUAUUAUGUUUGUGCUCAAGAAGGUGUAUGGGACACUAGAAGACCAAAUGAACCUUUUAUUUUUCCAGCUUGUGCACAAACCGAAAAUCCGAGCGCUACAAUUGACCUCAGUUUGGAUUACACUAUCAACCAGUGCGACAACGAAACAAUUAGCACCCAAACCGAAAAUCCGAGCGCUACAAUUGACCUCAGUUUGGAUUACACUAUCAACCAGUGCGACAACGAAACAAUUAGCACCCUUAUAACAGAGUUUGAAGGUGUCAUGAACGAACUGAACAUGUUCUUAGGCAUAUGCGGGGCUCCGACCUGUGACUUUGGAGCAGCCGGUGUAGUAGUGGAAUGCGCUGUUACCUUGGAGAGAAGACGUAAACGACAGGCUGUGGGUGAAACUGCAUCAGUCACUGUUGCUAUUAGCACCAAUGGAACUACAACCACGUCCGAUGGUCGUUCCAUUGAUGAAGUAUUGGUAGAGCAAGCGGCAGCAGGAAACCUCACUACAGCCACUGGGGGUGCUGUUGAUACCAGUAAUUUGGUUGUCACAACAACAUUGGUUUGUAAUCCAGGGUCUGUGCUUAAUGGAAAUAUGUGUGUUGUUUGUGGAGAGGGGGAGUACCAUGACAUUGCUUUAGAUGAGUGUGUGCAAUGUGCCCAAGGCACAUACCAGAAUGACACUGGUCAAGUUGCCUGCACUGACUGUCCAAGUGGAAUGACCACACAGGGCCUAGGCUCUGUUAACAUCACUCAGUGCAAAGAUGUGUGUGAUGCGGGAGAGUUUUUCAACGGUGAAGAGUGCGAGCCGUGUGGUCUUGGAUUUUACCAGGAUCAGUUGGGGUCAUUUGAGUGUAUGACCUGUCCUUCUGGAACUACUACUGAACUGCUAGGUGCUCCACAUCCAAGCUAUUGUAAUGUAACUUGUGAAGGCGCUGGCCAAGAGCAGGGUUUGAAUGGUGACUGUGAACCAUGUGCUAUUGGUACUUACAAACCUGAAGGUCAAAUGUCAUGUACACCAUGCCCCUUAAGACUCACGACCUCUGACACAGGAUCUACAUCUAUUGAUGAUUGCAAACUUGCCUAUUGUUAUUUUGGAGAGUACCUAGUGAACAGAGAGAACCGAUGUGAACCAUGUCCAAUCGGGGAAUACCAACCUCAACAAGACCAGAGGGCAUGCUUGUACUGUCCAGAUGGUUUUUUGACGAGUCAAGUGGGAUCAGUCAGCAAAGAUGAUUGUAUUUCCCCUAAUUGUGAUCAAUGCCAUCCAAAUGCAACGUGCAGUGGCAUCACAUGUGUGUGUCCUAUUGGUUACCGUGGUAAUGGUAUUGGACAAGAUGGCUGCAUAGAUAUUUGCCGAGACUAUUGCCUGAAUGGGGGUGAGUGUGAGAAGGAGGGUAAUGGUGAGCCGUACUGUCGAUGUGCAGUGUACUUCAGAGGUGAUCGGUGCCAAGAAAAUGAUGAGACUUCAAGUGCAGGUAACACCGUCCUGCUGAUUGUUACUGUGUCCCUUGGCUGUCUGGUGGUAUUUCUUGCUAUCUGUGCAAUUAUCAUAUACAGGUCCAGCAGAUCAAACCCAAAGCUGGACAAAGUUGAAGCUAUGCUUGACAUUGAAGUAGAAGACACGGAAGAAAGAAAUGAAGCUAAAAACGAUGAAAGAAGCAAAGAUACUAAUGAACAACCAACUCGUAAACAGCUUCGGUUCAGUAAUGCUGUUUAUAAAGGAUCAGUGAACCCACAUGCCCAUGGUGAGAAAAGGUAUAAGGAUCCGUUACCGAUAAGCGACUUCAUGAAACGUGGCCAGGACACUCUACACAACUUCCGGUAUAAUUACAGUUACCAAAUGGAUGUAGACUCAGCAUCUGCAGGAAGUCAAGAAUCAUCAAUCGGUGAAUAAAAUAUGGGCUUAUAAAUAUAAUAACAGCAUUAAAAUAAUUCAUUAUUUGGUUUAAGAACUCAUAUAAGCACUUAUUAAAAUAGUAGAAGCUUCAGUGAAUCUCAUUUCUUAUUUGUUAUUCAUCGUCACUGCAUUUGUUUGCCAUGGAUUUUUUUUAUACGUUUAUAGAUAUUAACCAAAUAUUUAUGAGUGUUUAUUCUGUUAGUAGCCUCAUUACUUUAAAUCUUUGUCCAGACUAAAUUUUAUUUGACAAAGACAUGCCUAAAUAUGGCCAUGAUGAUAUCACUUCUUGACCAUUUAUAAAACAGUUUUUUUAGAACACUAUAUAUUAUUGUUCAUUUUAAUGUUUUUUAAUUACUGUAUUAUUGUUAGUAGUUACAUUAUUUUGUAUAUGCUUUAUAAUUUUUCAUAAAUGGUGAAUAGUAAUAAUAUAAUUACAGUUCAUUUCAUAUAUUUUCACCCAAACAAACAGUGAAUCAUCACCACUAACAGGCUGGUAUAAAAUACAUCAAAAAAUUACACAUGCACAUGCUAUCUAAGAUUAUAAUAAUUAAAGAAAAGUAUCUUCAUCUGGAAAAUGCUACGCUGGAUGGAGAUUGAAAAUGUCUUCCAGUUCGUUUUGAUUACAUUCAGAGAAAUUCUACUUUUUGUAAAAUGUUUGAAGUUGUAGUUUUGAAAAAGAAUUUAUAUUAAAAUGUGUUUUUGAAAUGUACAAAGACCUUAACUUUUAAUGUGUUGCUCAGAAGCUAAAUAGAGUGGGUUAAAUAUUUGAAUUAUUGGUAUUAUUAUCAGAGGCGAAACCAAUUUAUAUAUACAUUAUAUUGAUUAUCACAUACUUGGGCAACUAGCAGGAACACCUUAUAAUAUUAAGCCUGUUUUCCCACUUGCAAAUUUAUUCGAGCGAGUCGAAAGCGUCGGUUCUUG